CCCUUCCUGUUUCUCUCUGAUGCUUCGCUUCUACUCCCGCAAGAAAAAACGGAAAUAAAAACACCAAAAAUCCAAAUGCCGCUCCGUUUCUGCCCAUUUUCGCCUCUUCAAAUCUCGAUCCAGCAUGUCUUUUCCACUCUAUCACUCGCUUAUUUGAGGGGGCAGCCGAUCCGAUCGAACGGUCCUGAUGAAAUCUGACAGAGUUCUUGUUUCGGAACGGACACGGUUUGGAGGUGUUAGAUCGGAGUUAGGUCAAGAUCGGAGAUCGCUAUAUUUUUUUAAAAAUUCCUUUCUUCAUGGAUCUCAGAUACUCUGUGAAAAAGCGCGAAAUGCCGCUAGAUUUCAGAUCCAACGGCGUUUUCGUGUAGAAGGGUUGGUUUGGAGGAGUUAGAUGGGAGUUAGGUUUUAGGUCGUUGAUUUUUUUUCUUUUGAUUUUUUAAUAGAGAUUUGAUUACCUUCGCUCCGAUUCGGCGAUGAAUCGUAGUUUUAGGGCGGUGGAGUCGCAUACGAAAGGCUCCGUGCAGCAGAGGCAAGGGAGGAAUCUUGGAACGGUGAUGAAGGAGAAGGAAGAGGAGCUCGCUCUGUUUCUGGAGAUGCGGAAACGGGAGAAGGAGCGGAACAGCCUCUUGCUUCUUCACAGCCCGGAUGAUUUCGAUCCUCCUUUAGGAUCUAAACCUGGGAGUCCUCCCAUAUUCAAGAUAGUGUCAUCCACACCUUGCAAGACUGCUUCUGAUGAUUUUCUAAAUUCUGAAGGAGAGAAAAAUGAUUACGACUGGCUUCUCACACCACCUGGUACCCCUCUUUUCCCUUCUCUGGAAAUGGAGUCACACAAAUCCCCUGUCGGUCAGACUGGGACUCCCAAAGCUCGUCCCACUGCACUGAAGUCUAGGCUAGCGAAUCCUCAGAUGGAAUCUGUUUCUAGGGGAAACAUAGUAUCUAGGCAACAAUUGUUGUCCUCUGGCUUGAACCAUUCCAACGUGGGAACGCGCCGGCCCUCAUCUUCAGGAGGUCUAGGUUCUGCUGCAUCUCGGCCUUCCACACCAAUUGGACGCCCCACAUUACCUGCCACAGCCAAGCCUUCCAGACCUUCCACACCUACGUCAAGGGCCACCUUACCCUCAUUGAAGCCUGUGGUCCCUUCAGCAAGAUCAUCAACACCUUCUGCAAGGUCUUCUACACCAACAACACGACCCUCUGUGCCAGCAUCCAAGUCACAAUCAAGGUCGGCCACACCCAUAAGACGGCCACCAACCCCAUCCACUGCACCUAGCAGUUCUGUCCCACCUGGACGGUCUUCUUCUGUUACCAAGUCAGCCCCUGCAACAUCAAGAAAUCCAGUCCCAUCACGCGGCACUUCUCCGACAGUAAAAUCAAGGCCAUGGAAGCCUUCGGAGAUUCCAGGUUUCUCCCUUGAUGCUCCCCCAAAUUUAAGGACAUCAAUGCCUGAAAGGCCAACAUCAGCUUCUAGGGGCAGACCUGGAGCACUCAGUGCUCGAUCUUCUUCUGUCGAGGCCAAUUCAAAUGGUAGACCAAGACGACAGUCAUGCUCUCCCUUGAGAGGAAGGGCUCCGAAUGGCAGCAUGUAUAAUAGCAGAGGCUCUAUUCCAAUAGUGAGCCGAUCACACUCCAACAACACCGAUGGCAUGAACCCAGUUCUUAUUGGAACCAAGAUGGUUGAAAGGGUAAUAAGCAUGCGGAGGUUAGCCCCCCCUAAGCAAGAUGACCAUCAAUCUUCCAAUAAUAACCAUGCAGGGAAACUGUCGCCAUCUCCAGAUAGCACGGGCUUUGGAAGAAAUCUUUCAAAGAAAUCUUUAGAUAUGGCUAUGAGGCACAUGGAUAUCAGGCGAAGUAUUUCAGGUACUCUACGCCCGUCAAUGACGAACAUCCCGGCGUCUUCUAUGUACAGCGUGAGGUCAGGGUCUGCAAGAAGCAGGGCAGUUAGUGUUUCAGACUCACCAAUUGCCACAAGCAGUAAUGCCAGUUCUGAGCAGAGCGUAAAUAACAAUGUCCUCUGUUUGGAUGGUAGUGAAAUUGAAGAUUAUGAUCUCGGCAGUGAGCUAGGAGGCCUAUACUCUGCCACCAGCCAGCUUGGCAGGUGAACUGUGAGGUCUGCUUCGGUGAUCUUGUGUGCUAUGUGGAGUACCCAUACAUUGGUUUUUCGUGCACAAUCUAGAAGCAGAAGUUUAGCAUAUAGAUGAUCUGGAAAUGGCUGAUGGGAUCAGGAUUUUUAGGCUCUAUAGAGUUCUUUGAUCUUUAUCAGAGAAGUGGGAUUGGGAGGCUAUUUUCUUCUUGUUUCUUGUUGCAUUAGCAAAAACCAGUCAUUAGGUACCUACUAUACAUUUUCUUCAAACUAUGACUAAUAGGGAACUUGCAUGCAGGCUUAAAAUGCUGUUAACUUCAAAAAUACCCGGAAGCUACUUUUGUUCUUA